AUGGCCGACACAAUUACCAUCCUUGUUGCCACCGACAACCAUGUCGGGGCCCACGAACGAGACCCAAUCCGAGGCGACGACUCCUGGAAGACGUUCCAUGAAAUCAUGUGCCUGGCCAAAGAUCGAGACGUCGAUAUGGUCCUCCUCGCCGGUGACCUCUUCCACGACAACAAACCCUCUCGCAAAUCCAUGUACAACGUCAUGCGCUCCCUAAGACUCAACUGUCUGGGCGACAAGCCUUGCGAGCUCGAAAUGCUCUCUGACGAGUCGGAGCAUUUCGACACCACCUUUGACCAUGUCAACUACGAAGACGCCAACAUCAAUGUCGGAAUCCCGGUUUUCUCCAUCCAUGGCAAUCAUGAUGAUCCCUCCGGAGAGGGCCAUUACUCUGCCCUGGACCUGCUCGCCGUCUCCGGGCUGGUCAACUACUACGGGAAAACGCCUCAGAGUGAUAACAUUGUGGUCAAGCCUGUUUUAAUACAGAAAGGACGCACGAAACUAGCCCUGUACGGACUCUCUAAUGUUCGAGAUGAGCGACUUUACCAGACAUUCAGGGAUGGCAAGGUCAAAUUCCACCGCCCCAGCAAGCAGAUGGGCGAUUGGUACAAUCUGAUAUGCGUCCAUCAAAACCACCAUGCACAUACCGAGACAUCAUACCUGCCCGAGAACUUUCUACCUGAUUUCCUGGAUCUUGUCAUCUGGGGUCAUGAACACGAGUGUGAUAUCGAGCCCAGACUGAAUCCAGAGAUGAACUUCAAGGUUAUGCAACCGGGCUCCUCUGUCGCCACAAGCUUAAUCCCGGGCGAAGCUGUUCCUAAACGGGUCGCAAUUCUUACCAUCACCGGCCGGGAAAUGACAUGCGAACCAAUUCGACUGAAAACUGUUCGGCCAUUCGUGUACAAAGACAUUGCCCUUGCCGCCGACAAGGAAGCCGUUAGGAUCGCUAAAUCCAAGGAUGACCAUCGUGCGGAGCUGACACGGCACAUGAUCAAGAUUGUGGACGGACUGAUCGAGCAAGCCAGGGAAGAAUGGUUGGAGGCGCAAGAAGAAAGAGAAUACCCGGACGAAGAGCAGGAAGAAUGCCCAUUGCCCUUGAUCAGACUGCGUGUUGAAACGACCUCGGCGGUCGGCAUCGGCAAAUUCGACAUCGAAAAUCCGCAGCGCUUCUCGAACAGGUUUAUUGACAAGGUCGCCAACACCAACGAUGUGGUGCAAUUCCAUGUCAAGAAGAAGAACGCAGCUGCCCGCGCGGCUCGAGAUGCUGAAGCAGAUAAGGAGAUCAUGGCCAGAUUUCAAGGUCAAGAAAUCAUCAAAGUUGACAAACUUGUCCGAGAGUUCCUUCAAGCCGAGUCCCUCACCAUCCUCCCCCAAAAUUAUUUCGGCGACGCUGUGAACCAAUACGUAGAAAAGGACGACAAACAUGCCAUGGAAAUCUUCGUGAACGAGUCCCUCGCGGAUCAGAUCAAGCACCUAGUCAGAUUGCAGACGGACGCGAAUGAAGAUGACGACGACGAUGAAGAUCUGGCCAUCCAGAUUCAAGAGCAGCGUGCAAAGAUGGAGGAAAUGUUUGCAAAGGGCAUGCUCAAGGCAUCAAAGAGUACAGCGAGGUUUAAACCGAAGCCGGAUGAUUGGGAUAGCGAUCUGGAUGGACCGUGGGAGGAGACUCCGGGGGCGUUGCUGCGUGAUUCAGAGGAUUUGGAAAGUAGAAACGGCGAGGGGGAUGAAGAUGGCCAGGACCAAACACCUGCUCCAAGGACAACAGCAGCGAGAGGAAUAGGGAGAGGAAGGGGUGGUCGAGCAGGCUCAUCGGCCACAACAGCUAAUCGCAAGGCAACUGCCGCAGCGAAGAAAGCCGCCUCAACGAUAACUACCGCGCGGGGGCGGAAACGCACAGUUCCAGACGAUGAAGAGGAUGACGAGGAGGACGGCAACGUCGUCAUGGAAGAUGAUGACCAAGAUGACUCCCAAGCCAUGUUCGUCCCCGAAAAGAGUAGGACCGCCACAAGUACACGGGCCCGCAACACAACACUGGCCGCCAGUGGUACCACGACAACGCGAGCCGGAGCCAGAACCAAACCUGCCUCCUUCGCAUCAUCGACGAUGCCAGCGACGAAAAAGCCCCCAGCCCGCGCCGCGGCUUCAAAGCAGAAACAAUCAACCCUCACUUUUACCACGUCGCAGAACAGCAUCCUGGGGAAUGGGAGGAGCACCGGCGCGAGUCGAAGUCAGAGCUAUGAGGAGAUUGAUGACGAUGACGAUGACGCAUUUGAGCCAGCGCCAGCAACGAGGAGGAGGUGA